AUGGUGGUGGACAGCGAGUUGGCGCCCAAGUUCGCCCCCUUCUUCUCCUUUGCAGGGAUAGCUGCAGCUAUGAUCUUCGGAUCAAUGGGGGCAGCAUAUGGAACCGCUAAGUCCGGCAUUGGUAUCUCGGGCUCGUUGGUUCCGGUCGUUAUGUCUGGUAUUAUCGCGGUGUACGGCCUUGUCAUCGCAGUCCUCAUCGCACAGGACAUGCAACCACCUCCAUUACAACGGAUGAGCCUAUAUACUGGGUUCAUGCACCUUGCAUCAGGACUGUCGGUUGGCCUCGCAGGCAUGGCUGCCGGAUACACUAUUGGAAUUGUUGGAGAUGCGGGUGUACGUGCGUACCUGCAGCAAUCUCGGGUCUACGUCGGAAUGAUUCUCAUCCUGAUUUUCGGCGAAGUUCUUGGUCUCUAUGGACUUAUCGUGGGCCUGAUCCUGAACUCUAAGAGCCACCCUUAA